CACGUGAUCGCGCCGUGCCGUUGGUGAGUUUUCACAGCAUGGCGGAAGGAGUAGUCGUCCGGAUGGAUCGUUACUCACCUUUUAAUUCAUGUCUUCAGUCUUGACGAGACGAUUUUCGGCUUUCGUAACGCAUUUCAUCCCACUUGAGACAACUUCAGCGUGUUUUUAUCACAAUGGCUGACCGCGGAGUGGAUUUCGCGGCUCUACCAAAAGAGGUUCGAAACCAUUUGGCGGAGUUGGAGCUGGAACUGUCUGAAGGUGAUAUUACUCAGAAGGGCUAUGAAAAGAAACGAGCGAAACUUCUUGGCCCAUACGUACCACAUACCCAACAUGUGGAUGUGAGCAUUAAGUUGACCCCUGGUAAUACUUCAGACCCCACCUCCAGCCCUAACCCCAUCCCCAUUGCCGCCCCACGGCAGCACAGAGCUCACCGGAGCGGCGGAACACGAGAUGACCGCUACAGAUCAGAUAUCCACACAGAAGCUGUACAGGCAGCUUUGGCCAGGCAUAAAGAGGAGAAGAUGGCUCUUCCCAUGCCCACUAAGCGUCGAUCAGCUUUCGUCCAGACUCCUGCGGACAACUGCACUCCUCCCGAUACAUCAUCGGCUUCGGAGGACGAGGGCUCGCUGCGCAGGCGUCAGGCCGCGAUUAGUGCUAUGUUGGCUCAGAAUCUCCAGAGUCCCGAGUACUGGAUCAACCGCACGGUUCAGGGCUCCUCCACAUCCUCCUCUGCCUCCUCAACCCUCUCCCAUGGAGACGGCAAAACUCUCAUCCAGGGGCAGACCAGUGUGCUCGCCGACGUGCUUGCACACACCCGCAUAGAGAGCAGUAAUGUUCCUCCCGAUGUCACGUCCUCUGUGCCUCAGGAGAGGAAUUCAAAAGUGGAUGUGGCGCCCAACAUCGUUGUCAGGGGCAUAAGUCGCAUUCAGAGUCGCACCAGUAUGAUGGACACCGCCGGCGGUGUUCCAGCACACAGUCGAGUCUCCACGAAAAUCCAGCAGCUGCUUAACACGUUGAAGAGACCCAAGCGACCUCCGCUCAGCGAGUUCUUCGUAGAUGACUCUGAAGAGAUCGUGGAAGUUCCACAGCAAGAUCCCAACACACCCAAACCAGAGGGUCGUCAGAUUAUUCCAGUGAAGGGGGAGCCGCUCGGUGUGGUCAGUAACUGGCCACCGGCCCUGCAGGCAUCUCUGGCACGAUGGGGAGCCACACAGGCCAAGAGUCCCGUCCUCACCACCUUAGACAUUACUGGCAAACCACUCUACACACUUACUUACGGUAAACUGUGGAGUCGCAGUCAGAAGUUGGCAUAUACGCUGCUAAACAAACUGGGCACCAAAACUGAACCAGUGCUGAAACCUGGAGACAGAGUGGCAUUAGUGUAUCCCAACAGUGACCCAGGAAUGUUCUGGGUGGCCUUUUAUGGGUGUCUCCUCGCUGAGGUCAUUCCCGUCCCAAUUGAGGUGCCUUUGUCUCGUAAGGAUGCAGGGAGUCAGCAGAUUGGCUUCCUGUUAGGCAGCUGUGGUGUGACUCUUGCUCUCACCAGUGAAGUGUGUCUUAAAGGUUUGCCAAAGACGCCUAAUGGAGAAAUAGUGCAAUUUAAAGGAUGGCCACGGCUCAAGUGGGUGGUGACCGAUACAAAGUAUCUCACCAAACCGUCUAAAGACUGGCAGCCACACAUACCAACAGCAAACACCGAUACUGCUUACAUAGAGUACAAAGCCUCUAAAGAGGGUACCGUUAUGGGGGUGGCUGUGUCUAAAAUCUCUAUGCUGACACAUUGUCAAGCUUUGACGCAGGCCUGUAAUUACUGUGAAGGGGAAACACUGGUUAAUGUCCUGGAUUUCAAGAAAGAUUCUGGCCUGUGGCAUGGAGUUCUCACGAGUGUCAUGAACAGAAUCCACACUAUUUGUGUGCCAUACUCUGUAAUGAAGGCAUGUCCACUGUCCUGGGUGCAGAGGGUUCAUGUUCACAAAGCUCGUGUAGCCUUGGUGAAAUGUAGAGAUCUGCACUGGGCUAUGAUGGCUCACAGAGAUCAGAAGGACACCAAUCUGUCCACUUUGCGCAUGCUGAUAGUAGCUGAUGGAGCCAAUCCUUGGUCAGUGUCAUCUUGUGACGCCUUUUUGAACGUGUUCCAGUCUCAUGGGCUUAAGCCAGAGAUGAUCUGCCCAUGUGCUUCCUCACCUGAAGCGAUGACGGUGGCCAUCCGCAGGCCUGGUGCUCAAGGAGCGCCACUCCCCGCCAGAGCUAUUCUGUCUAUGGCAGGACUAAGUCACGGGGUGAUCCGGGUCAAUACUGAGGAUAAGAACUCUGCACUCACCGUUCAAGAUGUGGGUCACGUCAUGCCUGGCGCUCUGAUGUGUAUCGUGAAACCCGAAGGGCAGCCUAUGCUCUGCAAGACGGAUGAGAUUGGAGAGAUAGUGGUAAACUCACGAGCGGGCGGCACUAUGUACUACGGUCUGCCAGGGAUGACCAAGAACACGUUUGAGGUGAUACCUCUAAACUCAAGUGGAACCCCUAUAGGAGACGUUCCUUUCAUACGAACUGGACUGUUGGGCUUUGUGGGUCCGGGAAGUCUGGUGUUUGUUGUAGGGAAGAUAGAGGGUCUGCUGGCAGUCAGUGGACGCAGACACAACGCAGACGAUCUGGUGGCCACAGCACUGGCGGUAGAGCCAGUUAAAACCGUUUACAGGGGGAGGAUUGCUGUUUUCUCCAUAACUGUGUUCUACGAUGAGCGAAUCGUCAUUGUGGCCGAGCAGAGGCCUGAUGCCAGCGAAGAAGACAGUUUUCAGUGGAUGAGCAGAGUCUUACAGGCGAUAGACGGUAUCCAUCAGGUGGGCUUGUAUUGCUUGGCGCUGGUACCUGCUAACAUGUUACCCAAAACUCCCCUGGGCGGCAUUCAUGUGUCUGAGACAAAGCACCACUUCCUGGAUGGAUCUCUACACCCAUGUAACAUCCUCAUGUGCCCUCAUACAUGCGUGACCAACCUUCCAAAACCAAGACAAAAGCAACCAGUGGGAGUUGGUCCGGCCUCCAUCAUGGUGGGCAACCUGGUGGCAGGGAAAAGGAUCGCGCAGGCUUCUGGGAGAGACCUCGGGCACCUGGAUGACCAAGAGCAGUCUAGAAAGCAUCAGUUCCUGUCUGAAGCCCUGCAGUGGAGAGCACAAAAUGAUCCUGAUCAUGUCCUCUAUAUGCUCCUUAAUGCAAAGGGGGUAGCAGUAAGCACAGCUACAUGUUCUCAGCUGCACAAGCGAGCGGAGAAGAUCACCGCAGCUUUGUUGGAAAGAGGAGGAGUUAACACUGGAGACAAUGUAGUACUGCUUUAUCCACCCGGUAUUGAUCUAAUAGCUGCUUUCUAUGGCUGUCUGUAUGCCGGUUGUAUUCCAGUCACCGUUAGGCCUCCUCACCCACAGAACCUCGCUGCCACUCUGCCCACCGUCCGAAUGAUCAUAGAUGUGAGCAAAGCCGCUUGCAUCCUCACAACUACGAUGCUGAUGAAGACCUUACGAUCUAAAGAUGCAGCAGCCAGUGUGAAUAUCAAAACAUGGCCGAAUAUCAUAGACACAGAUGAUCUUCCCAGAAAACGGCCUCCCAAUAUCUAUAAGCCGCCCACUGCAGAAAUGUUGGCCUAUCUGGAUUUCAGUGUAUCCACUACUGGCAUGCUAACUGGAGUUAAGAUGUCUCAUUCAGCAGUCGGUGCUAUAUGUCGAUCAAUCAAACUGCAGUGUGAGCUGUACUCUUCCAGACAAAUAGCAAUCUGCUUGGACCCGUACUGUGGCCUGGGCUUUGUGCUAUGGUGUCUGUCUAGUGUUUAUUCAGGUCACCAGUCAAUCCUGAUCCCUCCUAUGGAGUUGGAGACGUCUCUGCCCCUGUGGCUAAGCACCCUCAGUCAGUAUAAGAUCAGAGACACCUUCUGUUCUUACUCUGUAUUGGAGCUCUGCACCAAAGGCCUUGGCACACAGACCGAAGCUCUGAAAGCUCGUGGUGUGAACCUAUCGUGUGUAAGGAGCUGUGUUGUCAUAGCAGAAGAAAGGCCACGUUUGGUACUCAGCCAGUCAUUCUCCAAGCUCUUUAAAGACCUGGGACUGUCUCCACGUGCAGUCAGCACUGCUUUUGGCUCCAGAGUCAAUCUGGCCAUCUGUCUACAGGGCACCGCUGGUCCAGACCCAUCCAUUGUUUACGUAGACAUGAAGUCUCUCCAACACGACAGAGUGAGACUGGUGGAGAGAGGAGCUCCUCAGAGUCUUCCACUGAUGGAGUCUGGCACUAUACUUCCUGGAGUGCGAGUAAUCAUUGUAAACCCGGAGACUAAGGGACCACUAGGAGACUCUCAUCUAGGCGAGAUCUGGGUGACCAGCCCUCACAAUGCCAGUGGUUAUUAUACCAUCUACGGUGAGGAGAGCCUGCAGGCGGACCACUUUAACACACGUCUGACCUUUGGAGAGACGGACACGCUUUGGGCCAGAACCGGAUAUCUGGGAUUUGUCAGGAGGACAGAGCUACUGGAUGCCAGUGGAGACCGCCAUGAUGCUCUGUUUGUGGUGGGUUCGCUGGAUGAAACACUGGAGUUACGGGGUUUGCGUUAUCACCCCAUUGACAUCGAGACCUCCGUGUCUCGGGCGCACCGCAGCAUUGCUGAGAGUGCCGUCUUCACUUGGACCAAUCUACUGGUUGUCGUGGUGGAGCUCAGUGGCUCGGAGCAGGAAGCCCUCGACUUGGUUCCGCUGGUCACUAAUGUGGUUCUAAAAGAGCACCACCUCAUCGUCGGUGUCGUGGUCAUCGUGGACCCCGGCGUCAUCCCUAUCAACUCACGUGGCGAGAAGCAACGUAUGCAUCUGCGCGACUCUUUUCUAGCCGACCAACUGGAUCCCAUAUACGUUGCAUACAACAUGUGAGGCGCUAAAUCUCAACGUUGCCUCCCACAGAAUCGCUCGCAGUGGCCGUUCCCCUGUGCUGUCGGCACAACAGUGGACAUGAAGGAGGAAGCCGGGCCAAGCCACUCUGUGUUUCUGCGAUGAGCCUUGUAGAUAUUUUUAUGUUCUCUCUAAUGUGAUCGUGGCUGAGUUGUGUAGCCCGUUUGACCAAUGGUGAUGUUGUUCACCCGACUCAAGCCAUCCAACCCUCUGAACAUUCAUUAUGUCAUAUGGAGGGUGGUGCUUUCUUUUAGAACACGCUUCUGCCCUUUAAAUCAGGUGAAAGCACAUUUUCACCAUAUAUACAUGCGGCUACUUUUGUAGUGCCACCUGCGGUUUGCUUUUUCCAUAGAGCAGAACUUGUAGACAGUAACAUUGCAAAACUGUGCUGGAGGUGUAAGGGACUAACCCAUGAAGCUUUUCUGUGCACUUUAUCUCCUCUAAUGGGCCAGCACUAUUGCCGAAUUAGAGAAGAGUCCUUAGUUUUCAUUCUGGAAGUGCAAGUUUUAUGAAUCAACAGUAUCACCAGCAAAGCAAACAUAUAUCUAUUUUUCUUUUACUCAAAACUGCUCAUUUCAAUGGUUUUAUUAAUAUAUAGGACGUUUACAUGCAGCACCUGCUUUUAUUUUACGUUUUUAACAUUGCCAACUGUAAUGCACAACAUUACAAAACCAGAGUGAGGAGGGAAAUGCCCUCAUAGAAAGCACACGCAGCAAUUUUAAGAUAAUACAUUCGUACCUUGAGAUUUAUAUGCGUUACAUAUAUUAUAGGUGACAGAAAAGUUUCAAGGUCAAGACAGUUUCGUGCUUUUUAACCUUGUGGACGUUUCUUGUUUUUAAUGUACGUGUCUGUCUUUAUUUUAAUUCUGGUGUCAAAGGGACUUUGGAGGGAUGAACAGAUGGAAGGUUUUGAUUGUAAACUAUAUAAUGUAGUGUCUCACUGGUGUUACUGUAUAAACAAAUGGGACCCUAUUAUCUGGUCUCCAAAAAACUUGACUGAUAUUUCAUACUUGAUGGCAAUUCUCAGCAUCAAUGAUUAAAGAAUCAUGAUGCUGAAAUAAUAAAAUAUUUUUACACAUUGCCGAUGUGACAAAAAUUGCAUCUUUAAUACAAUUUCUUUCUUUGCCCUUGAUGUUUCUCUUAAUGUUGUCGUGCGUGUGUGUGUGUGUGUGUGUGUGUGUGUGUGUGUGUGUGUGUGUGUGUGUGUGUGUGUGUGUGUGUGUGUGUGUGUGUGUUUUAUUGAGAAAAAAUAGUGGGAAGGAAGAGUAAUGUCUAUUCUUAUGACAUUACAGUCACAUUUAUUAGCACCUAAACGAAACAUUUGAAUGGCCUUAGAUCUAAAAAUAUUCUUCCUCUUCUUUCCUUCCAGAUCUGUUUACAUGUGAGAUUCUGUGCAUGCCUUUUUUUUUUAAAGAUGCUGAAGGUUUUUUAUUCUCAUACUGUUUUGUAUUAUAAAUUCCCUUUCUUUUUUCUGUUAAUUACAUUUAGUUAUUGCAGAAUAUCUUUAAUUCUUUAUUACAGUAACUUCUUUAUUCAUGUGAGCAAUGUGCAAAUAUAAGAAAACUGUUAAAUGAGCCUAAGAAGAAUUCAAAUUUAGUGCUAUUUGACUACAUCUCAAUGCUUUGUAAAAGCAAUCAAAGGCAUACAUUUAAUUAAAAGCAUUAAAUACUU